AUGGGAAUUCAGGAAAAGACAUUGGGGAUACGAAAAGAGCGCAAAUUGGUGGUUGUGCCUCGCGAAAGAAAUCAUGUUAGACACGCUUCACAAAGGACACGUUCUAAAAACUACAAGAAUAUCUCCAAAAAGAGGGCUCAACAACACGCGUUUGGAUUCAAUAUUGCUAAGACUCUUGCCAAGAUCCAAGCGUUUGUAUGGGGGUCUCCCGCAGAUGAGGAAGAAGAAAGCGUUGUCCCAUUGUCUAAAAAUUCUCAGGAUUGUGUGCCUCUACAAUGGCAAGCAAAGUUUGCGCAAUUGCGGCAGCAGCUGCACUCUACACAAAAGGAACUACAAUUUGUCAAGGAAAAGUGUCAUCUGUUGCAGUCGGUGUUGGACGACGCAAACAUCGAUCAAAGAUACCUGGAGUCUCGUCGAGACAUGAAAAAUAUUGAGCGAGACAACCUCAAACCGACAGAAAAUUUACCACCUUCGCCAGUAAGAGCAGUAAACCCGUUAGUGACUUCAAGUCCGAUUCACAUGUCGCCACUCCAGUCGCGCCAACGACCAGUUUCUUCCCUACAGCCCCCAAAGGGCCCCAACUUCUACGCCAAGUAUCCUAAGCUUCCUCAAACGAACAUUCUCAGAGAAUCUCCGACUGAGGAUUCGGUUCCGCACGCUGAAUAG